AUGUACGGCGAAAUUCUCUCGUUUUUCUACAUAACAUUUUUUAUUUUGGUACUUCCAACCCAAAUUUUCGGCAUUUUUGUAAUACUUCGUUUCUCUACAAAGCAUUUGAAACUUUGGAAAAAAUUUCUACUCUGCAAUUUGAUUUGUCAAAUAAUAUCAGUAGCAACUUUAUGUCUUCUACAACUUCGACAAGUUUCGAACUUGAGUCCAAUGGAAAUUUGGUGUUAUGGACCUAUCAGACAUUUUAGCGCUAUUACAUCAUAUUUGUUUUAUGUUUUGUCGCAGAUUUCUACUUUGAUGACUUAUUUCUUAGUUUUUAUAACUAUUUACUUGAAAUAUGAAGCCGUGAAAAAUGUCAAUAAACAAAAUUAUCGCAAAGUUGUAAUAAUUCUGAUGUUACUUUUACCGAUUUUCAUAACUAUGGUUGCACAAAUUGAUCUCAUGAUAGUGUUUUUCUCACCAAACGAAGCUCAGAAAAAAUUUAAUGAACUGAAUGCUAUCAUUACUGAUCACUCAGUUAUUGGUUAUGUCAUUUCCGGAAGAAUUUCCAGUUUUCUUCUCACUGUCAUAAUUUUUGGAUCUGUAUUUUUGCUCCCGCCUGCUGGAUUCUUUAUACGAAAAAAAAUUAUUCGAUGCAUUAACUCAACUUCUGAUUCAGCAUCAGUUGGCCAAAAAUUUCAACGUCGAAGUUUUAUUAAUGGACUAACUCUUCAAUCGUUUCUCCCUCUUGUAUGUAUCUGCCCUAUUUUUGCAUGCUACUUUGUUGUAUCGCGGACAAAAACAGACCUGCCUUUUGAGCAACAUAUACUUCCAGUGCUAGUGAUGCUACCUACAUUGUUUGAUCCGUAUAUCAUCUUAUACUCCGUUACUCCCUAUCGAAAACAAAUUAGGACCUGGCUCGGAAUGACGAAAACGGUGCCUAUGGUCAUAGUGGCUUCUGUGAUGAUAUAA